AAUCCCAAUCAAAAUAAUGGAUGCAACAACUAUGCCGAGUUUAGCCAAGCUCGAUGAGUUUCGUGGUCUGCAUUUGUUGGAAAAGCAUCGCAUAGAAAGUUUCAAGGACUGGCCAUUCUCAGCAAAGUCCGCAUGCAGCAUUGGCAAGAUGGCCGAGGCCGGUUUCUAUUGGACGGGAACGAAACGCGAAAAUGACACGGCCACAUGUUUUGUGUGCGGCAAAACGCUGGACGGCUGGGAGUCUGAGGACGAUCCUUGGAAGGAGCAUCUCAAGCACGCACCCCAAUGCGAGUUUGUCAAAUUGGGUUGUGCUGAAAAGGAUAUGACUGUGGAUCAAUUUCUGAAAAUUUUUCACGCUGUUGUCAACAGCAGCAUUGAAAAGAGCGUUAAGCAAUUUAAAGCGCAGUUCGCAAAGGAGAAUGAGAGCAAGCUGAAUGAAUUCACACGUAGCCACUGAUAGUAUUACAUUUGUGCACAUUCAAUUUUAAUAUAAAUAUAUACAUAUAACAAUAAAAUUAG